CCAUGUUUGCUCAGUUUGUUAUUGAAAUGUCAGAUACUGUGAACUAAUUUUAAUGACUGAGUUUCAAGAAAAUGGUUAGCAGGAUCGCCUUUCUCUUCUUUGGACUCAUAGUGACAUGGGUCAACUGCACAGAAAAGGGAAAGCAACCAAUGGUCUUUAACGACAACCUGUCCCCUACGUGGAGUUCCCUAGUGUUCUAUCUUCCGAACGAUAUCUUCCCCAUUGGAAUAUCAUGUGCAAAAUUCAGUAACUUCUACUGUCUCAGUGGUUAUCACACGGGUAAUGUUGACGAGGAGAUAUCACAGACUGCGAUCAGCAGAGAGGUUAAUGUCGGCAAUAGUCGCGUAGCAGUUCUGGCGUCCCAGUUCGAAACUCUGAUCAACAUGCAUUGGAAACUUAUCAACAUGUUCGACAUAUUUGAGGACAGCAAAGCGGAUCAGUUGGUGGCAGAAGUGAGAGAAGAUCCUCAAAACCUCUCAAGUCGUCAUCAAGUGUUGCGUCCAUAG